GCAUCUUUGCCGCAGCUGGUGACCAAAGUGAGCGAGUUAGGCCACUCUCGGCCGGCAUGGGCGGACAAGGCUUUUGGCCAAGCCCCCGAGUCCUUGAAUGCUGUGCGAGCAGACGUGGGCGCUGUUGCAUGCAGUGUUGCCCAGUUGGACGAGGUCUUCAGGGAAGCGCUUGAGCUCAACGACCUCCGCGACUCGAAGGUGGAGGAGCUUCGCCAGGCACUCAGCGAAGUGGCGGAGACCUCCGUCCCCUCACCCGAAGAUGCGGUGGCCAGACAAGCUGUGCAGGUGGUUUGGCAGAGUGUCGAGGAGCUUCAGGAGGCCCUCCGGGAAGACCCGUCCAAAGCAGACGUGGCCAAAGAUCUCCGGACUCUGAGGGACGACCUGGAGCUCCUCAAGGAGCAAGCGCCAGACCAACGCAGAUUGUCCAGAACCGUCGAGGAGUUGCAGAAGGAGUGCCACGGGACCUCUGAAGCGGAAGCCGGCCUCCGAAAAGCGCUUGGUCGAAUUGCAGGGCUUGAAGAGGAAGUGAAACAGUUCAUAGCAUCGCAGCGGAAAAGCACCGAAGCGUCCACGGAUGUCAACGACCUCCGCCACAGCUUGGCUGAGUUGCAGGAGGCAUUCAGAGAGGCGGAGCAGAAGGCUGCAGCAGAAGCUCAUUGCCAUGUCCAAGAACUCAGCAAGGCUGUGACGGACUUGAAGGUGGCGGAACAAGAAAGCACCAAAGCUUCCACGGAUGUCAACGACCUCCGCCACAGCUUGGCUGAGUUGCCGGAGGCCUACCGCGACACUGAGCUCAGUGCAUCGGUGUCUCCGAGUGCAGAUCCGUCGCGCAGCGAGGAGAUGCCCGAGGCAGGCGCUCCGAGUGCAGUCAAAGCGACGGUCUUUGCAGCGAGUGUUGUCCAAUCUUAA